AUGGACACAGGCAAGGGGGCUGGCCCAAGUGAUACUGGCGACAAGGACAGGGACCUACAGGUGCUGUUCCAGGAACUCUGCCAGCUCCAGUGUGGGGGGGGGGGCGUGACUGGCCCAGCGCAGGUCCCAGCGGAUCCCCAGAGGGUGACCCUCGCAAGGGGUCAUGAUCUGGGAGUUCCCAGACCACAUCCUUGUGUGUGGCUCUCACUGGUCCUGAAAUGUCCCUAUAGGCAGAGGAAGCUGAAGAGACAGGUGGUGAAGUACAAGCUUUUCGAAGACUAUCUGAUCAAAGUCCUUGAGAAAAUCCCCCAGGGCUCCAGCCAGGGGGAGGAGCCAGCGGAGGCCCUGGUGGAGGCCAUGGUGGAGCAUUACAGGAAGCUCUUCACAGUCAGCCAGGACAUCCAGAAGCAUCUGGAGGCCUUCUCCAGGAUGAACCAGGCCGUCCACCGGAGCCUGGAGUCUCUAGAGGAAGGCCAUAGGGCUCUUAUCCCGGUAACAGCUGCCUGAAGCCUGGCCCAUCCCCCGUGGCCCAGAGACCUGGGGUAGAGGGCCCCCUCUCCCUCUGCCCCCUCAGGGAAGGCCUGGAAGAGGGGUGCGCUGCCGAGGGGGUCUGGGUGGGGUUGUCUCUCCAGAGCCUUGCUCUGUACCCCUUUCCCUCCCCUUCUGCUUGAGAGAAGCUCAGUUUAUGCUUAAAAGGUGUUCUUGGGAGUUCCCAUUGUGGCUCAACAGUAAUGAACCUGACUAGAAUC